AAGGCAGAGUCCCCUGUUUAAAAAAAAAAAAAAAGAAAAGUAAAACAGAGCUGUCAUUUUAAGUUCAGCCAGUUUUGGAUUCCAGUGUUCCUAUUUCCCCCUGAAACAUGUCAGUUGUGAUACUGCUUAGCUCAUUUUUAUUCUUGUUCCUCGAAAGAGAGGAAAACUCUGAGUCUGAAGUUCUCACCCCAUCUGUGUUUUGAAGAGUGGGCUUUGUGUGUCUGUCAUUCCUGUUUUCAAUCUUUUACCAGAGUUUUGUCCAAAAACUUAAUUGAUGCACUGAAUUUACCAACUCUUAUAUAAUAUAAAAUGGUAACUCAAGUAAAUCAAAUACCUGGCAAUAAUUGUUAAUGACCUAUAUCUUUAUAUGCAUUUAAGGUAAAACUACAUAUUAUAUGACUGAAAUAGAAACUAUUUUGCUAUACUUUUGUUUUUUUAAUUUUCAUACCAGAAGAUGUCAUCAAUAUUUGUAGGAGGAAUGUAAUAAUAUACAUAGAUAGAUAAAGAUUUUCAUGGCAUCCUUUUCUAAAAUAAACUUUAUCGAGGCAUCAUUUGUAUAUAACAAAGGCAUCAAACUGUAUGUUUAAAAUCUGCAUUUCUGUGGUGAGCACAGCAUAACAUAGAGUUGUUGAAUCUUUAUAUUGUAUACCUGAAACUAAUGUAACAUUGUCAACUAUACUCAAAAAAGAAUCCGUGCAUUUUUAUUGCAUGCAAAUUAUACUUCCAUGAAAGUGAUUGUUUAAAAAGAUAUCAAGGAUUGCCAUGAUUUGUUGCCUAUUGCCACAGUAGUUCAGAGAAAGUCAAGAAAAGUCCAUAGAGACAGAAAAUGAAGGUUGAUGCAUUGGGCAGGCACAGAAAAAAAAUAGGUCCUGGGGGAAUAGAAAGAUAAAGUUACACAAAUCUGGAAAGCUUGAGACCUUAUAAGACUUUUUGUCUUCAAGGUUCAGAUGUUAAAUUUAAUAUUGAGUACUGGGAACCCUGCAGAGUUCCUGAAGAAGAGACUAAAAUGGAAGAAAGUUUUGCCCUGCAGGACGUACUGGCAAGCUCCUGUUUCCUUCUCACUUUCUGAUCCAUGUCUCACUUUUUGUCGGCAGACACCUGCUUUUGCCACGAUGCUCUCAUCCACGGACUUUGCAUCUGCUUCUUGGGAGCUCGUCGUCAGAGUUGACCAUCCAAAUGAGGAGGAGCAGAAAGAUGUCACAUUGAGAGUGGCUGGAGACCUGCAUGUUGGGGGGCUGAUGCUCAAGUUAGUAGAACAGAUCAACAUAUCCCAAGACUGGUCGGACUUUGCCCUUUGGUGGGAACAAAAGCAUUGCUGGCUUCUGAAAACACACUGGACCCUGGACAAAUAUGGAGUCCAGGCAGAUGCAAAGCUUCUCUUCACCCCUCAGCAUAAAAUGCUCCGCCUCCGCCUGCCAAAUGUGAAGACAGUGAGAUUGCGUAUCAGCUUCUCGGCUGUGGUUUUUAAAGCUGUCAGUGAUAUCUGCAAAAUCCUGAACAUUAGAAGAUCAGAAGAACUCUCCUUGUUAAAGCCUUCUGGUGACUAUUUUAAAAAGAAGAAAAAGAAAGACAAAACUAACAAGGAGCCCAUAAUUGAAGAUAUUUUAAAUCUGGAGGGGUCUCCAACGACUUCAGGUCCACCAGUAAGUCCUGGAUUAUAUAGUAGAACCAUGACUCCCACAUAUGAUCCCAUCAAUGGAACGCCGGCGUCAUCCACCAUGACAUGGUUCAGUGACAGCCCUUUGACCGAACAAAACUGCAGCAUCCUCGCAUUCAGCCAGCCCCCCCAAUCACCAGAAGCACUGGCUGAUAUGUACCAGCCUCGGUCUCUGGUUGACAAAACGAAGCUUAACGCAGGUUGGCUGGACUCCUCCCGUUCCCUUAUGGAACAAGGCAUCCAGGAGGAUGAACAGCUGCUGUUACGAUUUAAAUACUACACUUUUUUUGACUUGAAUCCCAAAUAUGAUGCUGUCCGAAUAAACCAACUCUAUGAACAAGCCAGGUGGGCCAUUCUCUUAGAAGAAAUUGACUGCACGGAAGAAGAAAUGAUGAUCUUUGCAGCGUUACAGUAUCACAUUAGCAAACUGUCAUUGUCAGCUGAAACACAGGACUUUACACAUGAGUCCGAGGUCGACGAAGUAGAAGCAGCACUUUCUAAUUUGGAAGUGACCCUAGAAGGUGGAAAAAUGGACAAUACCUUGGAGGACAUUACUGAUAUCCCUCAACUUGCAGAUAACCUCAAAUUAUUUAGGCCUAAGAAGCUAAUACUGAAAGCUUUCAAACAAUAUUGGUUCAUCUUUAAAGACACAUCUAUAGCCUACUUUAAAAAUAAGGAGCUUGAACAAGGAGAACCAGUAGAAAAACUAAAUCUGAGAGGCUGUGAAGUUGUGCCAGAUGUAAAUGUAGCAGGGAGAAAAUUUGGAAUCAAGUUACUAAUCCCUGUUGCUGAUGGUAUGAAUGAAGUGUAUCUCAGAUGUGAUCAUGAGAAUCAGUAUGCCCAAUGGAUGGCUGCCUGCAUCUUGGCAUCAAAGGGCAAAACCAUGGCAGACAGUUCCUACCAGCCAGAGGUUCUCAACAUCCUUUCAUUUUUGAGAAUGAAAAAUCGGAACUCAGCAUCUCAGGUGGCUUCCAAUAUCGAAACCAUGGACAUAAACCCGGAAUGUUUUGUGUCGCCUCGGUGUGCAAAAAAACACAAGUCUAAGCAGCUGGCAGCCCGGAUUCUAGAAGCCCACCAGAAUGUGGCUCAGAUGCCCCUGGUCGAAGCCAAGCUGCGGUUCAUCCAGGCAUGGCAAUCUCUACCUGAAUUCGGCCUCACCUACUACCUUGUCAGAUUUAAAGGAAGCAAGAAAGAUGAUAUUCUGGGAGUUUCCUAUAAUAGGUUGAUUAGAAUCGAUGCAACCACUGGGAUUCCAAUUACAACAUGGAGAUUCACAAAUAUGAAGCAGUGGAAUGUAAACUGGGAAAUCCGGCAGGUGGCAAUCGAAUUUGACCAGAAUGUCUCCAUUGCGUUCACCUGCCUGAGUGCGGAUUGCAAAAUUGUGCAUGAAUACAUCGGUGGCUACAUUUUCCUGUCCACCCGGUCCAAGGACCAGAAUGAGACACUUGAUGAGGACCUGUUCCACAAGUUGACUGGUGGUCAGGACUGAAGCAAAACAGAUCUGCCUACACAGACAGUGAGCCAAGGAUGGUCCUCCCUGGACAUAUGGGAUCCUUGGCCCACCCAAUGUGUAGAGUCCAGACUGACAGACAACCAUAUACUUACCGCUGGUCACUCAGAUGAGGAUCCUUGCCUCAUUUCAAACACACUGCCUAGCAUAUCCCUUUCCUUUCUUUGCCCUGUCCUACCAGUAACAGAGGAGGCCUCAGAUGCCUUUUCUGUAAAAUGGGUAGGUAGAAGACAGGCUAAUACUACUAUAUCCCAGUAUGUAGCUACAGUUCUGUGACUUCCAGAACCUGCGAGUGUAUGGCUAGAAGUCACCAGUGUGCCUUUCUGCUCCGUUGCUAAGUCAGCGGAAAGACAGAAAGGUUAAAAGCACAUGUAGCCAAGGAUCUACCUUAUUCCCUAACUCAGGUACAAAAAGAAAUCUGUCUUUCCUUAACAGAACUGCUUUUAGUUCCCAUAUUAUGAAAAUGGCAGAGGGAGUCCACACUCACACUUUUUCCCUUAUAGGUCAAGGUCUGGGGGAGGGGAGGGGAGAGGUGGGGGUACCUGGUACUAGUUGGUGACAAGGGGUCAGAGCAGUGGCCUGCAGUGUCAUCAGUUCACAGUGACUUCUGCAGAGGUGACUGCUGACCCAUCUGGUCUUGGACAUCGGUCCCCUCAGGUUACUGCUGCCACCUGCAGCUCCUUUUCCAUUCCUCGGCCACCUUUAAGUCCUUCCUGAUGACACGGGUGACAUAGAGGAACAGGGAAAUCCAUUCCUCAACCCAGCUGCAUGUCUCAGCUGCUUCUACUCUGAGCUGGGGCUCAGGAAGAUGGGUCUAGUUCUCUCUGUUCAUAAAAACCACCUCCCUGCAUCCAGGCUUACAAUGGGGUCUCCGUCCCAGCUGGUCAUGGAGAGAAGGACAAACCUCUUCUCCAAGAUCACCAAGUUCAGGGGUUGAUGGCUUCCUCACUGGCUUCCAUCUACAUUUGGUAAAUUAGGAGCUGAUAAUAGACCUUUUUUUUUUCUUUUUGCUCUUGUCAUCUCUACCUCCAGACAUGAGCGUGAGCCAAUUAAUAACUGCCCUCAAUUGUCAUUUUCUGUUUUGGUUUGUCAGCUUUGGGAGGAAUGGGUUUUGAGAAGGAAAGAAGCAGUAUCAGGGGUAGUGGGUAAUAUCAGAUAGCAUUUAAUUAUGUUUUUAUAAAUGUUCUCCUGUCACAAAAAGGACUUGGGUUGCCAGGGUAAAGCAGAGGGUCCAUUUCCAUUUUGAAAUUCUUUCAAGAUCCACUGUGCUUUAUUUUCCAACUAAGACAUUUGAGAAGAGAGAUCUCCACUGCUCCAGGAACCACAUUAAGACAGCCCUGUCUAGGGAACCCCAGGCCCUGAGCUGGAAGCUGUUGCUUGAAAGUCCUCUUUCAGCCCCUCCUUUAGAGGUCAAUGUUCAUGAAAACUCCCCAGGCACCAGCUGAACUUCCAAGGCCCAGCUUAAAUCUAGGAAGUGGCUUAGGCACUUGGAAAGUCUGGUCCACAUCAUAAAGAACUUUGCUUGAAAUGUCUUCUAUACAAACUAGUGCUGAGCAUACUGUUUUACUUGGUGUUGGUCAUUUCUACAUAGUCUUAGGCUCUAUUAUUUUAGAACCUAAGUCAGGUCUUUAAUAUGAUGUCAGGCCCUAGGUUAAAAUAAUGCUGCUUGAGGCCACAUGUCACCUGUCUGCUGCGAAGCACAGCUCUACAUAACUUAACCAGAGCUGGACCUUCAGUAUAACUCUCUUCCUUGGCUUUCCAUGGUUGCCUGACAUUUCUAUGAAAACACUCAAAGGAGGUGACUGGUCUUCACCAAACUUUCCAGGGAACACUUCUUCCAUGACUAUACGACCACAUCCCAAGUGUGACCACCAAAGCCUAAAUGCUGCUAUUCCCAGGAGCAAUGUAAGGACUCUUUACACUGGGUGCAAAAGGUCAUCUGACUUCCUAUGAUGAAAUUUUAAAUUAACGUGUCUUUCAGCCUCCUUCGCUUUCUUAUCUAUACUAGAUGGGAAAAUCUGCAUUUUUUACUAUUUUUAUGAAUUUUUUUAAUUAAAAGCUUUAUCUGGA